GUUAAUCAGUAAGGCGGACGUAAGGGAAGUGUAAUGUUCAUUCAUUACGGAAAAUAAGUGAUUUUAUGGCAGAGAGAUGAUACAAUGUAUGCGUUUACAAUUAUUGUGAUCGCUUCUGUGCACAGUUAUUGUCCUGCUGGUGGGAAAACGGUAUCGGGAGUGUUUCGAAGCCAUAUAGCUAGGGAAAACAAUGGGCAAUAUAUUACAAGAUUUCUCUACCACGGGGAGAAUGGGUUGAUGUCUUACCGCCUUGAGAACGUGCCCUUGGCAGUACAUAAAGAGGCCAGACUUCUGCUGUUUCAGGGUAUCGAGGACUUUGAAAACCUAAGCUGUCUGGGCAGAGUGUCAGGAGCCCAGCUUACCAUAACGCUGAUCACAGAGGAACACAAUCAGACCAUACCACGACAGACCAGACCCCAGGCCUGGCAUGUGAUAUAUGCAGACCGUUACACCUGCCAGGAAGAGAAGCUAGAUGGUGUGCUAGAGGAUGUGGGCUUCCAGCUCACCAUGCUAAACCCAGACUCAGCAGGGAACCCAAUGGACCACUUCAGUGCAGAGGAUGCCGGUUUGCACACCUUUUUCUUCUUGCUGAUUCUGGCCUAUUUUGUGGCCUCCUGUAUCUACAUGCAGCCCCUAUGGCAGGUUUUGUAUAAGGGAGGUCCCAUGCACACGGUGCUGAAGAUCCUGUCCAUGGCUCUGUUCCUGCAAGGUCUGUCUGUGCUCUGGAAUUACAUCCACAUGGCCAAGUAUGCUAGAGAUGGAGUGGGAAUACCUCUAAUGGACAACCUAGCAGAGUUCUGUGACAUGGUGGCUCAAGUGCAGAUGCUAUACAUGCUGGUGAGUUUGUGUAUGGGCUGGACGCUAAGCCGAGGCAGGAAAUCCCAUAGUAAACCACUGCAGUGGGACUCCUCUCCCACAUCCAGUGCUCUUGCUCUUGGAGGAGUUGUUACACAGGGAGCACUGCUGAUCUGGGAGCAGUUUGAGGACACCGAGCACCACAGUUAUCAUGGUCAUCACAGUGUACCUCGUUUACUGCUGAUGGUGUUGCAUGUUAUUCUCACACUGAUACUUGCAUCUGUACUGUACCGGAUUAUCUCUGCAGAGCGAAACACGCUCAAAAGGGACUUCUACCUCAGUUUUGCCAAGGGUUGUUUCCUGUGGUUUCUGUGUCACCCAGUCCUUGUUCUCCUUUCCAUCCUAUUCAAUGAGCAUCAAAAGGAAAAGGUCGUAACCAUUGGUGUGAUUCUGUGCCAGUCCAUCUCCGUGGUGAUCUUGUAUAGGGUAUUCCUAUCCCGUAGUCUUUACUGGGAAGUGUCAUCUCUUUCCUCUGUGACACUCCCCCUAACAAUGUCCAGAAGCCCGCGGGGACAGUACUGAAGAGCAAUAUUGAUAAUGCACUAUUGACACCUGUCAAUAGAGAACAAAUGGAGAACAGGGCCACUCCAGAAGAAGCACUGUGCUGAUAGAUGGAGCAAGAGGUGUGUAGGGAGCAAAAUCACAUGUAUUAUCAUGUGUACGUGUUACCAUGCACACAUACAUUGUAUCAUAUGCAAUGUUGCAGGCAGAGAUAAGAUACAACUGCUGGACCCUUCUGAAAAUAAACACCUGUACAAUGUA